UGCUGGAAUCCUUCUCGAGAAGCCUGCGGUCGAUGAAGCCUUUCUCAAUGCCACAGAUCUGUCUGCCGACAUCUUCAAGUCCAAUGAGACUCUGACCAAGCGUCAAGCAAGCUGUGACGGCACUUUUGCUGUUGUCACAGACACCACGCAGCGUUUCGUCGACUGGGACGUUCAAAUGUCCCCUGUGGUAUGCGCUGUUGGCGACAUGGACAUUAAUGUCAUGAAAGGAUGUCAGUAUACCUAUGCCUCGAGCUGAAGAUUGUCCAUCUGACUAGUGUUUGCAUAGACACUGUUGCCAAUGCAGUCACCAUUACUGGAAGCGGUAGUCCCACACUCAUUGCCGACAGACUGACGGCACAGUUUGGUGUCCAGUUCAGUCGUACUUGGACGACACAGAGCUCGAUCACUACCAAAGGAACUGUCAAGGACGGCAACUGCGGCGUGAUGAUCACCAGACCUCUCGUCACUCGUCGCUAUGGUCGUACCAUGCAGGGCUGUCCGGGAAGCUAUAAGCAAGUCGGUACCUGGAUGGCCGAUGACCAUGGCGAGGGCAGUUAUGCUGGUAUUGAUUGGAUUUCCGGUGCCAUCUCCAUGUGCAGCAAGAAACAGGGCGCCCCUCCUCUCACUCGUUGCGAAGGAGCAGGAGAAUUCGUUUAGACGGAGUGCUCCUGAUGAAAUGCGCUGGUUGUCGUGAGACGCAAAGGCUGGAAGGGGGCUGACGGAACAAUAUGGUAGACCGAGUCGAAGGUGUGAGAGAUUGUGAGUAUGGAGGCUUGGUAAUUGUUGACGACAUGCAGACGGUUGCGCGGCGCCUUUAUCAGGAAUGAAUUGAAUAGAGUUGCUGUUUUAAUCAGAAAGUCAACUUCCUGUUAGUGGUCUCAUCCAGUACUGUUCCCGAGCACGCAGAUAUCUCUUUUACAUAUUUAGCACAGGAGUCG